CGAAGGAAGUUGAUAAAAUGGCGUUUGUUGCUCCUCGCUGCGUGUUACAGAGAGCGCUUUCCCCGUGGGACGCCGGUUCGGUGUCUCCACCCGCCCGCUGCUCCAGAAAGUGCAGGGAACCGUUGUACGUGGUCGCCCUGAACCGAUAUCAGGCCGACCCGGGAUCCAAACGUUAUUUCCCGCCUCACGGGUUUCUCUACGACGCCACCCUGAGCGACGGCGAUUGCAGAGUCCGCGUCACGCUGCACCCGAAACUCAACCCGCUGGUUCUUAAAAACGCGCUGAGGUGCGGUUCCGAGCUCUACGAUGUCCACUUCGACGUCCACUUCGACCAGCGUGGCCACAGGGUCCAGGUUCUGGAGUUGGAGAUCGAGGAAGAGCAGGCUCGGAGCCGAGCUUUGGAGCGGCUGAGGGGGCUCAAGCUAACGGACCUUCCUUGGUUCGGUCGGUUCGGCGGCGAGGUCCAGGCGGUAGCUGCACCCUUGUUGGCGCGGAGGGCGUGUUAUUUGCCCCUGUGGAGCUGCGACGAUUAUUUCGGAACCGAGGUCCACAGAGCCCUGCCCUAUGGCUUCCAUUAUGCAAACGACACCCACGCAGAAGGUAUGGAGUUCGUCACUCUGCAGCAGGUGAAGGAUGCCUUCCUUAAGAAGGACAAGGGUAAACCCGGACCACUCAUUGUCCGAGUGCUCAAAAAAUCCCGGCUGUACUAUUUUGGAAAGGAAGACCGGACCAACGAGUUCCCCUACCAGGCUGAGUUGGAGGUGGUUGAUGGGUCGGGCAGCGCCACUGUGAUCCUGUUGAACUUGCUGUGUCUACGCUGGUAUCGCCUUUUGUCCCCGGAUAUGGUUCUGAAGCUGUGGGACUACAGGGUGAAGGAAAGCUACUGCAGGAGACUGGGAGAGGAUCAGGAGAGCCAGGACCAGCAACACAUAGAGAUCAGUCUGAAUUCCCGAAACCCCAGUGCUAUCGUCAGCAUCAUCCCGGAGAUAUCUGUCCAAAGAGACUGGAGGCUGCCCCGCCAGCGCUUCAACUUCCUGACCAGAGAGGCGCUCGCUUCCUGUCCCGACGGUACCAUCUGUGACUUCCUCGGCCUGGUGAAGUUUGUGGGCCGGUCGGAGAGAACCAGGAAGAAAGGUAGGGGUCCUGGGGGGGGCGGGGAGGAGUUUACGGUGUACCGCUGGCUGCAGCUCGAUGACGGGACAGGGGGAGGGCCGAUUCUCCUCAAACUCCACUCCACCUCCCAGCCAGAAUCCCAGACAUACCUCUUCCCCAUAUGCAUAGCCGCGUGUAUGAACUGCCAGCUAGUGAGCACGGGGGGCAGUGCUGGGGGACAGUCUUCAUGCCAGUACCUGACCAGCACCAGAUACAGCCAGAUCUAUGGGGAUGGCCAUUACUGGGACAGAUUGUACACAAAUCUCCCUCUGUUCCAUCGGCUCAGUGCCUGGAUCCACACUUUGAACAAUGCGGAGGAGAGGAGAAUGGCUGUGACAGGUGGAUAUUUCAGCUUCCCGCCCCUCCCCACCAGCGUCGGACAGUAUCUCGCGGAGAGCAAAGUCGCUUCAAGUCUGCUAAGAGAGCUCUCCCGGGCUCUGCUAGGGAACCCCUGCUUGCUGACUAUGGAGGAGCUGAGGGUGGAGGUGGGGAAGCUGCAGUAUCGGGAGCACCAGCGCUUCACCAUCCAGGGAUCCAUCAUCGCGGCAAGCUACAGCAGCCCCAGAGCAGGACUGGGGGAGUGCUCCGCUCAUUACUCCUCCCGCAACUCUGCGUCUCUCGAGCCCCACUGCAGCUCAGACAGCUCUUCAGGAGCCCCGUCUCAAAACCCCAGGUAA